CUCAGAAUGGGUCCAGGGCAGAGCUUGUCCUGGGCACCGAGGGCUUGGUCAGGGCCGGACUGGGCCAGGCUCGGUUAGGAGGGGAUCUGGCCGGGCAGACACAUGGCAGAAGCUGAAGAAAUUCUGCUCCAGCUUCAGAAAGACAACAGAGAUGGACGGCUGAGGAAGCAGGAGCUGGAGGAGCUGAUGAGGAUCUUGGAGACAGAAAGCGAUAGCCUGGUUCUGACACUGAGGAGCUUGAGGGAGCGGGAGCGCAGCCUCCAGCGGAGGCUGAACCAGGCGGCCGGGGCCCUCAGAGGGGAGGCCGAGGACGUGGUCAAGAGCCGAGCGGCCCGCAUCCUGGAGCUCACCGCUGGCGCUGCCGAGCAAAAGCUUAUCCUGGAGAGGAAGAACCAGUUACUUCAAGAAGAAUGGGAAGAGCUUUCCAGUCAGCUUUUCUACUACGGGGGGGAGCAGCAGUGUCGGCGGAGGCAGCACCGACGCCUGCAGGCGGAGCUGCUGAGCCUACAGAAACAGCUGGAGAUCAUGGAGUCGAGAUCCGCCCUCCAGGCGGAGGGGAUCCAGAAGGGAACCAUGCAGAAGGAGGAGGCCUGGGCCAGCUUCCAGGAGCAGAGCGGGGUCCUUCAGGAGCUCCAGGUCAAGGUGAUGGAAGUGGCCUCGGUCCUGGACCGAGAAGGGAUGGAUCUGAAGUCCGGGCAGAUUUCCUCCAUGGCCAAAACCCCAGGUUCCCUCAUGGAGGAGGUGGCUGAAGCCAAUUACGAAAACAGGCUGAACAGCCCUGGGCAUGUAUCGGGGCUCAGGCUCCUGGCAAUCCUGGGGCUUCGGCUGCUGCUUCCCCUGUGGUUCCUGAGCCUACCCCUGUUCUACCUUAACCUGAUCAACCCCGACGCCAUCCGAGAGGCCCUCCCUCGCCUGUGCUCACAGGACACCUUCCGCCGCUUGCGAUACACGCUUUCGCCCCUGCUUGAACUCCAGACCAACAGGCUGCUGCCCACUUAGGCCUGGCCCAAGGCAGCCCCGACCCCCUCAUCUCCUCCUCCUCAUUGGCAGUGCCCGAGCCCCAUCCUUGCCCCACCCUCACCCAGCCUAGUCUCACCUUACCUCCUCCUGCCUCCUCUCAGCCUAGCCUGUCCUCACCAUAGUCCAGUACCAACCUUAUCCGAUCUCCCCUCUCCUGUCCUCUCCUCCUCACCUCCCCUUAUCCUCAUCCCCAACACCACCUGCUGUCCUCCCAUCUAUCCUCUCUGCCCUCCUGGCCCAUCCCUUCCCCUUCCCAUCAUCCUCUUCUCCCCACCCCUCUCUCCUCUAUUCCUGUUUCCAGACCUAUCCCCAUCUCACCCAAUUCCCAUCCCAGCUCCCUCCAAUUUCUAUCUUCCCAUUAUCCCCAUCCCCAUCUCCUCCCACCCUCUUCCCUCUCCUCUCCCCAUUGCUUCCUAUCCCAAUCCCAUCCUGUUCUCACCAUAUUUUCAUCCCUAUUCCAUCUCUAUCCCAUCUAAUCCCACCUCCACCUCCUUCCAUCCCACUACCUUCUCAAUCUCAUCCCAUCCCCCUCAUCCCAUUCCCAACCCCAUCUCUCCCCUCCCUGUCUUCUCCCAGCUCAUCUCAUCCCUACCUCAUUUCCCCCUUUAAUAACUGAAUCCAACACUCCCCGUUCCUGUCUCCAGCUCAACCUCCCUCCACCCCAAACUCAUCCCCCAUCUAACUCUCUCCCCUCUCAUCUACAACCCUGUGACCAGUCCAACCCAAUCCUACCGUAUGACAGCUUCCUUCCCAAGCCAAGCCGGCUGUGUACCCAUCCCUAAACCCAUGGUCACAUCUGAUGCUUCACCAUAUUAUCCACCAAACUGCCCUCCCCUCCACCCUAGCCAAGCCCCAGAUCCCUCUUCCUAUACUUCUCCCUUCCCAUCUGCCUCUUCUUGCUGUCCCCAAGCCCACUGCACUCCAAAUCCUUAUCUCUAGCCCCAUCCCAUCCCUUCCCAUUCCCACCUCAGUCAUCCAUUCCAUCUCCCUACAAAUCUCUCCACUCCUCAGAUCCACUCUCCCAUUUCCUGGCUCUGACUUUGACUUUAGGGACAGGGGUGAAAUCUCUCCCUAUACCCCAUGGAUUGUGUAUGUCCCUGUAUUGAUCGUGGAUUAAUGGAUCUGGACUCA